CUCCAAACUCGCGUCUGUCCGGUUGUUGGUUAAUGUGAUUGUUUGACUUGUUGGUGUUGGUGUUUUCACUUCUUGCUUGUGCAUGCACUUGAACGGACACUGGGAGCGAGGAUGGAGGCCACAGCAGCGCCUGUUGUGCCUGCGCGGUGUCGCUGCGGCGUGUUUGUGGACGGCCACGUGCAGAUGAAGGAGAUUGAUACCCCGCGACUGGAUGGAACACCGGCUGGCACUGUGUUGAUCCGUGGCAUCUACACGACCAUCUGCGGAUCGGACAUGCUGUACAUCCACAAGCCUCGCGACAUUGACAGCUGCGAUGGCGCUUCGAUUCACGAAGUGGUUGGAGAAUUGGUUGCAGUGAACGGUGCCAGUCUUGAUGCGACAGAAUUCGCCCUGGGAGACAUUGUCCUCGCCAUGCCCAGCAACUACAUGGAGAGUGGCAUCUAUCGACAAGUGCACGAGGAUCUCAAAGCGAAACUGCGCCGGAUUCCCCUUACAGGCGGGCUGUGUGAAUACUUUUACUCCCACAUUUCACACAUCUUCAAGAUCCCUGAUCCACACAGCCAAGUCGUUCCGUUGCACCACUACACAGCAGCACAGCCACUUGGUACGCUGCUGUGGAUGGUUCGCAAAGUGCCAAAUUUGCUCUUCAAGGACGUCGUCGUCUACGGCGCCGGCCAAAACGGCUGUCUUCUGGUACACGUUCUCAGCAACAUGGGUGCACGCCGUGUCAUUGCUGUCGACCUCGUGCAAGAGCGAUUGGACGCCGCGAAGGAGAUGAGAGCCACGCACACCAUUCUCGGUGGCAACCACGAUGAGGUUGUGCGCCGCGUGCGUGAGAUCACAGAUGGCGGUGCGGAUUUUGUGUUUGAGAUGGUUGGUCACCAGCAGGAGACCCUAAGCGACUGCACGCGUAUCGUGCGUGAUGGCGGCGCCAUUGUUGCUUUUGGUGUUCCCUCCGAUGACACUUACACCGACUUUCCUUUUCCCACCCUCUUCCGUCGCAACAUCACUCUCAUGACGAGCGUGUUCCCGCUGGCGGAUGAAGACUUUGGGUUUGCCGUUGAGAUGAUUGCGCAACGGCGUGUGAAUGUUGGACCAUUAUUCCGGUCCUCGUGGUAUUCGCUCGCAGACUCAAACGCAGCUUUCGUUGACACCAUGACCAAGAAGCAUCAAGUGCUCAAGGUCAUCAUUGACCUCACAAAGUGACCGUUGUGUGUGUGUGUGUGUGUACAACGGCCCAUCGUCUCGUCUGUUGAACGGUCCCUCUCCCCCAGUUUGCACACUUCACCACGCUUCGCAUUCAUCACAACACGAGCCGUGUGUAGUAUUGAGAGAACUUGAUGCAAGCAUCAACGUGUCAAUAGAACGAAAUGACACAACAGUAACACGCAAUCCCAUCAAGAACAUGGC